GCGGUAACUUUGUACAGUUGCGGCGUGCUUGCUGUUAACAUCGGUAAUGUUCAAAGAAUGAAUGUGUCCGCGCGGGAACACAUCUUGAAGUUGAAGCUGCCAUUCCAGAUUGAUACGUUUCCUAUUUACGUGUGCGUUACGAUCCUCGAAUUUUUUCAUAUAAUGACGUGCGGUUGUGGAAUUUCCACAGUAAAUUCGCUCAUCAUUAUUUUGAUACUGCACAUCGGUGGUCAAAUUGAUAUCCUUUACGAUUGGUUAUUGAAAGUUUUUUCUAAAAAUACGAAUACCAUGAACGGGAUAACGAUGAAAACAUUGAUAACAAAGCAUCAACAGAUAAUCAUGUUUUCGGAGAACAUUGAAAACCUUUAUACGUACAUAGCGCUAAUGCUGUUUGUUUUGGACAUUAUCAUUAUAUGUUGUCUAGGAUUCAUUAUUAUCACCUCAAUUGGUACACCUGGCGGAGCAACAAUUUUGGUGAGGUCAGUACUUUAUUACAUUACGAUGAAUCUCGAGGCAUUUAUAUAUUGUUUCGCCGGUGAAUAUUUGAAUGCCAAGAGCAAACUGAUUGGAGAUGCAGCUUACAAUUCUCUUUGGUACGAUAUCACAAUCGAAAACAAACGAAUGAUAUUAUAUAUGAUCUUAAGAUCACAAAAACGAUUGACCAUCACAAUUGGAAAAAUUAUGGAUCUCUCUUUAGAACGAUUUGCUAGUAUUGUGAAGGUAUCGGCAUCAUAUAUUUCCGUCCUAUUAGCGAUGAAUUAAAUAUUUGAAAAAACUGAGUAUCGACAUAAUAUUAUGACAGUACCAUGAUAGUAUUGAG